AGGGUCACAGCUCGAUGCCUUCUAGUUCUGAAAAAGUUCAGAAGUAAACACCACAAAAGCAACAGGUGCAGCAAAGGGUUCUCUUCAGAAAAAAAUAGAAGUCUCAGAAAGGAAGAGAAGAGAGCUGUAGUGUUGCACCAAGUUCUGCAAUGGCAGGAGCAAGCGGCAGCAGCAGGUUGCUCAGGACAACAACCAAGGCUUUCCAAACAGACAGCCGUCUUCCGUCAUCUUCUACGUCUGGUAACGCUAGCCCAUAUCGCAUCCCGUCUCUCAAGUUCCCGUUCCUGUGGGAGGCAAAGAAGACGCACAGGAUUAGCCGUGCCGCGGAGCAAAGGGCUGCCUUGAUCACCCUGGGAGCUGCCAGCAUCACACCAGAGAAAAGACAGGGAAUUUUCCUAUCGGAGGAAGUGAAAAACAUUGAUCUCUUGUUACCUCUGGCAUAUGAGAUCACAAGGAGGUUGAUCCUGAGGCAAUUUGGAGCGACAUGGCUGGCACUGAACAGGCAGUGUUGGUCAAAGAUCGCUGAGACCAUCAUCCACCAGGUCAUCGUCAGUUGCCAGUCAUUCACGCUGAUUGGCAUCGCAGGAUCCCUUGUUGGUUCAGUCCCAUGUUUUGCUGAGGGUUGUGUUGUUGUGGUGAAGUCAUUCUUCAUGUGCUUCUGUGCCAUGUCCCAUACAGUAGUAGAUCGUGGUGAAAUCAUAAAGCUGCUUAUUGAAGCAUUAGACAUGUUUCUGAUUGGCACUGCUCUUCUCACGUUUGGCAUGGGUAUGUACAUCAUGUUUUAUGGUUCCCAGAGCAUUCAGAAGCCGGGACAGCAUAUCGACACGUCCCACUUAGGCGCAUUCAACCUAAAGAAGCUGAAAGAAGGGGCCAGGAUCAGGUCCAUCACUCAGGCGAAGACGAGGAUCGGACAUGCCAUACUUCUGCUGCUCCAGGUAGGUGUCCUCGAGAAGUUCAAGAGCGUCCCGUUGGCCAGUGGGCUCGACAUGGCGUGCUUUGCUGGAGCGGUGCUUGCUUCCUCCGCCGGCGUCUUCCUCCUGUCAAAGCUCACAGUGCGCCAGCAGGAAUGCAAGCAAGCUUUUGUCUGAACAUAUCUCCAUGUGGCUGUACAAUAGUUACCGACACAUCAUAUGCUAUGCAAAAACAGAAACCAGAGAGAAAUACCAAGAUUUCCACAAUCGGGGAAGGGGUUCAGAACAAUCAGAAUUGCAGUCCCCCGUGUUGUACUAGUAGGUUCAAUAGUUCUCGAAUCAUACCUAUUGUUCUGAUAGGUUAGCUCUAUUUCAUUCGUUUUUUUCCAUUCAGCAAGACUAGGAAUAGAAAAAACCAUAGAGUUCUAAUGUUUUCAGUUAUUUAACUGAUAUUGGUUUGUAUUUUGUACACAAUACACAUCGUCAAUAAAACUUAUUGUGGAAAGAAAAACACGAUACCAAUUCA